GAGAGAGAGAGAGAGAGAGAGACAUCAAUAAUCAGAAUGAACAGCAGCACUGCACAGGAGAAAAGAAGAAAUGUCUGCAGCAGAAUUAAGACACAGGGGAUACCUGAAAAAUAGUGGACAUGAAAUUGCAGCACUGCACAGGAGAAAAGAAGAAAUGUCUGCAGCAGAAUUAAGACACAGGGGAUACCUGAAAAAUAGUGGACAUGAAAUUGAUGGAAUGAGGCUGACCAGAUGGAGGCUCCCCAGUUUCUCCUCCAGACGGAUUGUUCUUCUGGGUCAAACUGGUGUUGGGAAGAGUGCAGCUGGAAACACAAUACUGGGACGGGAAGGGUUCAGAUCUGAGAGGAGUAUGGAUUCAGUAACCUGUGAAUGUUCAGUCGCUCAUGCCACUGUUUCAGGCAGAUCAGUGUCUGUAGUUGAUACUCCUGGAUUCUUCGAUUCACAGAUGGAUCCUGGGCAGUUAAAGAAAGCAAUAGCGAGAAGUAUGCAUUUUUUCAGUCCUAGACCACACGUUUUUCUCAUUGUGCUCAGAGUAGAUGACAGAUUCACUGAUCAGGAGAAGCAGUUUCUUCAGAAGAUUGAGAUGGUGUUUGGUCAGGAGGUGUUAAAAUGCACCAUCAUUCUCUUCACUCGUGGAGAUCAUUUGGAAGGAGAGUCUGUAGAGGAGCUCAUUGAGGAGAACAGUAGAUUAAGAGAUCUAGUAGAUCAGUGUGGAGGCAGAUAUCACGUCUUCAACAAUAAAGAUCAGAGUAACAGAGAGCAGGUGAAUGAUCUACUGCAGAAGAUUGACAUAAUGACAGAGCAACGAAAGGAACAGAACAGAAAAAGUCAGUAGAAAGAUGUCUUACACUUUUCAGAUAGAGAGUUGCUUUUAGAAUAUUCCUUUCAUGUUCUCGUUUUACAUGUCAUAGUACACAGAUCGAUUAAUGGCACACGUCUUUACGUCACCACGUGAUGCCAUCCAACGUCCCCUCCAGAAUUUCACAUAUAAAGGGGGAGCCAAGAUGGUGUCUCGUUGAUUGCUGAUGUUAAUAAGAGUUGGAAUCCACCUUCAGAUAGUUAAUGGGUAAGAAACGUGUUAAUAACUGUGGAACACACACUAUUUAUUCACUCAUACACUUAUUUAUCUAACACUCAUACUCAG